GGACUUUGGCAAACCCUUGAGUUACCAGAACCGGAGCCGGGACCGAACACAGCCCAACAAUAAAGGUUAGACAGACCACAGGGGAAAUGAUUUACAGCAGCCCCGAACAGGACUCUGACUCCAACGAAGGCACGGUGGGUUCAGGCGAGGUGUCAAGCGGGAGAAGAGCAAGAGGGAACUAACCAAGAUAGUUUUGGUGAUACCACAGUCUGAGUGAGUGCAACUGUUGUCGUGUGUUGCAGUGUAGUGGAGUGAGACUCACCUGAGGGGGCAAAGAAUCACUUUAACAAAAACUGAGGAUCCCAUCUUUCAUCUCAUCAGGCUGGUUACAGGGUCAAGAUCAACAACUUCUCUGGGAUACCCUGUCUACUUACUGUCUAUCUACUUGUACCGGGGCGGAGAACUUUAAUUUAACUGAAGCCCUGACCUAACAUCGCCCAUAGUGCAGCAGUGGAUGUGUGUAAUGUGAAGGCUGGUUGUCGAGGAGGACGCUGACAUUCGGUAUCUGUGGUUACUCGUGAACUUUUGAUGCAACUGGAACAAGACAAGCCAUGGGGAGGCCAGUGUUCAUAGUUCCUCUGAUCCUGUUGGCUGUGAUGCUUAUGGGCACUGGGGCCAACAAUUGUGUGUGCACUGGAAAAUCAAGGUGCCACUGUAAAGGAGUGAAAGGCAGCAGGGGAGACAAAGGUUUUCCAGGAGUACCAGGUCCCCCAGGGCCAGAGGGCCGUCCAGGAUCAGAUGGUCCUGUUGGGCCUAUGGGACCAAAGGGAAACACUGGGCCUGAUGGACCCGAGGGACAAAUAGGCGAUCCGGGACCUCAGGGCAAAGACGGAUUUGCUGGGUCUCAUGGUUUACCGGGUUUCCCAGGUUUACAAGGUCCUCCAGGACCCCCAGGGACCCCAGGCUGCAAUGGAACAGAUGGAGAAGAUGGACCUCCUGGUGUUCCCGGGGCCCCUGGCAUUGAUGGACAUGCAGGCCCACCUGGCCUGCCUGGACCUAAGGGAGAAUCUUGGGCAUCAGUGAACGCAAGACCAGGGCCACCUGGGCCACCUGGGAGGGACGGACUGCCGGGAGAUCCAGGUUCCCCUGGAAUAUAUGGACCAGCAGGGGAUCCUGGACCACGGGGCUCUGUCGGGUUUCCUGGUCGUCCAGGGGCUCCAGGAUCUAAGGGUCAAGAAGGCAUAGGCGGUAUCCCAGGACCACGUGGCCCAAAGGGGAGAUCGGGACCACUAGGCCUACCAGGGCCACCAGGUCGGAUUAGGGAGUUUUUCUCCGAGAGUCUCUUGUUAAAGGGUGUCAAAGGAGACGAAGGAAAUGUAGGGGGAAAGGGCUGCAGGGGCGCACCAGGAGACCCCGGUUAUGGCUUUUACACCAAAGGAGCAAAGGGGGACAAAGGACUGGAGGGUCCAGAAGGAAAGUCAGGGAAGGAUGGUGAUCAUGGACACCCUGGAUUGAGGGGAAGGCCUGGCCGCAGAGGUGAUCCGGGAUAUCCAGGGACACCAGGAGGGAUGGGUGAAAAGGGAAAUCGUGGUCUGCCUGGUCCAUCUGGAGAUAUAAUUGGGCCUGUAACUGAACCACUCAAAGGAUACCGUGGAGAUCCUGGCCCCCCAGGCCCACCUGGGCUUCCUGGAAAUCAGGGUAUUGUGGGGUUUCCUGGACCUGAUGGACCUCCAGGCCAUGCGUCUGGGAUUUAUGUUCCAGGCGCACAGGGUCCCAGUGGCUUUCCAGGCCCCAAAGGAGACCCUGGGGAGCCAGGGGAUAUAUAUAUGGGACUCCCAGGUCUUGAUGGGGAUGCUGGUGAUCAAGGGCCUCCUGGAGAUAGGGGCCCCCCUGGACCUCCUGAAGACAGAAAGAGCAUUUUUUAUCCAAAGCAACUUACAUUUAUAGAACAUGUUCCAAGGAUUACCAAGGGUUUCCCAGAAAUAAAGGGAAUCAGGGGUUCACCUGGACCUAUGGGACAUAAUGGGACGUUUGGAAUGAAAGGAGUGAAGGGGGAGCCCUGUUAUGAGUGUUUGGGAUCAGGACCCCCGGGACCUCCAGGUCCCCGUGGUCCACCUGGCAUCCCUGGCUACAAUCAAGGACCAGGUGAUAAAGGUGAUCCGGGCUUUCCAGGACCUCGAGGCUUACCUGGAAGACCAGGUCCUGUUGGUCAAAUGGGAUUUCCAGGCCCACCAGGGGAAAAGGGGGAAACUUCUUACGACAUACCUGGGAUGAAGGGUGAGAACGGAGAUCCAGGACGGCCUGGUGGGCCUGGUACAGAUGGCCUCCCUGGGGUUCCCGGGCGACCGGGUCGCAAAGGCAAUCGUGGGCCUCCAGGGGAUUCGUAUCCCUUCCCAGGUGCAGAGGGAGACCGUGGUUUACCAGGUCCUCCAGGGCCUUUAGGCAGACCGGGAACAGUUGGCUACCCUGGGCCAGUGGGAUAUGGCCCUGCUGGAUUUCCAGGAAGUAAGGGAGAUGUUGGGGUACCUGGCCUGCCAGGACAGCCUGGAAUUCCAGGCCAGAAAGGUGAACCUAGCCACAUCCACGCCAAAGGACUUCCUGGACCACCUGGAUUUAAAGGUCUGCCUGGGUCACCUGGAAGCAGAGGUAAUCAAGGAGCGUCAGGUAUCCCAGGAACACCAGGUUUUCCAGGACAGAAAGGAGAAAGAGGCGAUGUGUCAUUUCCUGGAAGGCCGGGGGUCCUAGGACAGAAAGGUGACAAGGGGCAGCCAGGUCUCCCAGGAUUUCCAGGUACGGGCUUGCCUGGUCGGCCAGGUCAACCAGGUGCUCCUGGUCCUCCAGGAUUGAAGGGUGAGGGUGGCCCUGGAUACCCUGGCCCUAUAGGCCCCCCAGGGCCUCCAGGAGAAGAUGGAGCUCAGGGGCCUGUAGGAGAUCCUGGGAGUCCUGGUCUACCUGGAAGCCCAGGACUUAUUGGCAAACUGGGUCUUCCUGGAGAAAAAGGAAGCAAAGGUUCUGUAGGCCCCUCUGGGAUACCUGGUAAUAAAGAUUCAUGUAAAGGUGGUUUACCUGGACAAAGGGGACCACCAGGACCAGAUGGUCAUACAGGACAUCCAGGAACCAAUGGCUUGCCAGGUGAGAAGGGGAAUGCAGGUUUGCCAGGGUUUGGUCGCCCUGGUCGCCCUGGUGAUCCUGGUCCCAUCGGGCCAUCGGUGCCAGGUUUACGCGGGCUUUCUGGACAAAAAGGGAUCAAGGGACAAAGCGGCCUACCUGGUCAACCUGGACUGAGAGGAGACCCUGGACCAGAUGGGAUACCAGGAUAUGGCCCAGAAGGGUUGCCUGGAAUUAUAGGACCCCCAGGUGAAAUAGGUGCCCCUGGCCGAGAUGGAGCCAAAGGUUCCCAGGGUCCUCCGGGUAUGGAAGGGGAAACAGGUUCCACUGGUCCGCGAGGCCCUCAACAAUUAAUCAACAUCUCAGGGCCACCAGGGGACCCCGGCGAUCAAGGUUACCCUGGUCUUCCUGGUGUCUGUGGAGAGACUGGACGUAUUGGACCAAAAGGGCAGAGAGGGAUAGAUGGAGUACUAGGGGGCCCUGGACAAAGGGGUCCACCAGGUGAUCCAGGUAUUGAUGGACCAGUGGUCUCAGAAGGAAGUCAAGGACCUGCUGGAGCCCCAGGUGAUUCAGGAGUCAGAGGGCUUCCAGGGCCAAAGGGAAUAAAGGGAGAUCGAGGAAUCCCUGGAGGUCCAGGUCCAAAUGGUGCACCGGGUCCAACUGGUCACAAAGGAGUUACUGGAGAGUCUAACUUCUAUGGAUAUGGUCGGCCUGGACUAGCAGGACAAAAGGGUGAACCAGGUUUAAGUAAUACCAAUAUGAAGAAGGGUCAGAAAGGUGAACUUGGUGUUUUUGGGGCUGUAGGUCUACCAGGAAACCUUGGAGAGAAAGGAAACCCAGGACCUGUUGGACAAAAUGGUUCACCAGGCUAUCAAGGGCCUAGAGGUUCAGACGGGCCGGCAGGAAGUAAAGGACACCCAGGACCUAAUGGACCACCAGGUAACCCAGGUCUGCCGGGUGUCAGUGGUUAUCCAGGUUCUAAAGGCAACAAGGGCCGGGAUGGGAUUCCGGGGCCGCAAGGACAAAAAGGAGAUACUAUCACAAUGAAAGGGGUGCCUGGCAGGCUUGGUGACACAGGUCAACCAGGUCCCCCUGGGAACCCUGGACCCCCUGGCUUGUCUGUUACAGGGAGUCCUGGACCGAAAGGAGACAGAGGAAUUUCUGGUCUACCUGGGGUCUCUGGUCCAAGAGGACUGCCAGGAAGAGAAGGGGCUUGUAUUACUGGGUCAAAAGGAGACCGUGGCCUUCCUGGUAAACCUGGUUACCAAGGAUCCCCUGGCCUACCUGGCCCUCCAGGUCCCACAGUGCCUGGGUUAAAAGGAGACAGAGGGGACCCAGGUCUUACAGGAAGCCCAGGCUAUAGUGGACCCCCUGGAGAUCCAGGCUUUCAAGGACCACCUGGUGCAAGAGGCAGACCUGGAGGCCCAGGACCAAGAGGUGAUCCUGGUCCACCUGGAAUCCAAGGGCCCCCUGGUAAUGAGGGAGAUCCUGGAUACAUCCCAGGCCCACAUGGUCCACCUGGGAAGAAAGGUUUUCCUGGACGACCUGGCUUCAAAGGGGAACCAGCAUUUGGUAGAGUGAUUUAUGAACCAGGACCUCCUGGCUUACCUGGUCCCCCUGGCAAUCGAGGAGCCCCAGGAAGUACUGGACCAUCAGGACCUACAGGCCAUUCAGGCCCACCAGGUGUCAAAGGACAGCGUGGUACCAGCCCAGUCGGCCAGCCAGGAUCUACUGGCCACAAAGGAGACAAAGGAAUAGCAGGACUGCCAGGUCCAGAAGGCAGACGUGGAGUCCCAGGCCGGAAGGGUCUUCCCGGGUUGCCAGGCAGAGGUUGUCUAGGUUUUGUGGACAGUUUCCUGAUAGCUAGACACAGCCAGAGCAUCCAAAUCCCUGACUGCCCUAUUGGCACCAGCCUCAUGUACUCUGGCUACUCCUUCCUCUUCAUCAACGGAAAUGAGAGAGCUCAUGGUCAGGACCUUGGCACCAUGGGAAGCUGUCUCCCUCGUUUCUCUACCAUGCCCUUCCUGUUCUGUGACACAGAAAGUAACUGCCGCUAUGCAUCUCGUAACGACUACUCCUACUGGUUGUCCACUGACACGCCUAUGCCUACCAACAUGGUUGCCAUCACAGGGGAUAAGCUUGCCUCCUACAUCAGCAGGUGCUCAGUGUGUGAAACCACUUCCAAUGUCAUAGCUGUCCAUAGCCAGACAACUCUGAUACCUGACUGUCCCGGAGGCUGGGAGUCCCUAUGGGCUGGAUACUCAUUUGUCAUGCAAACGGGUGCUGGAGCAGAGGGCUCCUCCCAGCCCCUGGUUUCUCCUGGCUCAUGUUUGGAAAGGUUCCACCAAGUGCCCUUCAUCGAAUGUCACGGCAGGGGAACAUGUAACUAUUACCCUGAUUCCUAUAGCUACUGGCUGGCCUCCAUAGACCCCAACAACAUGUUCAGCAAACCUGUUCCUCAGACAGUGAAGGCACCUUCUUUACAAAGUGUUAUCAGCCGUUGUCGAGUCUGCAGGAAACCAUGGCAACCUGGGACAGAUGAUAGACGCGGGGACAGUUGUUAACAUUAAGUAUCCAUUUUUUCAAUGUAAUUAUGAUAAUAUGAUCAAUGUGAGAAAAAAUAGUGUCUAGUGUGCAUAUCUGUUUGUUAAACUACUGCUUUCAUGUUACAAAUCUGUGUUUAUGAAUCUUAUCUCUGAAAAAAAAAAAAACUCUCUCUCCAAUUAUUUUUAAUGGCAGUUAUUGUAUAAGAUCUGAUGAUA